AUGAAGCACGGUUUGGCAGCGUUCAGCUUAGAUAGUUCUAGGCGCUUUGAAGUCACAGCGGACCUCCUGAGCCGACAAAACAGAGAGCUUGAUGAACAAUUAAGGGUCUUUCAGGAGAGGCUUGUUGCAUUUGCUAAGGAUCACAACUCAGAACUGAAAGGCAAUGCAGAUUUCAGAAUGAAGUUUAUUAAGAUGUGCACGUCUAUUGGUAUUGACCCCAUCUGCCUAUUUGAUAAAGAACGCCACUUAUUUGAUGUGAAUGAUUUCUUUUACGAGAUCUGCGUUAAGGUCAUCGAAUUAUGUAGGAAGACUAAGGACCUUAACGGCGGCGUUAUUUCCUUCGAAGAGUUGCAUAAGGGCUAUUUCGAAAUAUACAAGGUUGAAAUGGAUGACCUGCAGAAGGCUGUGAAGAUGCUGGACGUCUUGGCUGGUGGGUUCCAAACAUUCACUAUCAACAACAAGAAGUACCUUAGAAGCGUGCCCAAUGAACUGACUCAUGAUCAUACAAAGAUUUUGGAAGUCUGCUCCAUUCUCGGCUAUGCAAGUAUAUCCCUCCUGAAACUCAAUCUGGACUGGAAGUCUGUAAGAAGUGAAGCUGUGCUUCGAGAAAUGGUAGCAAAUGGUAUGCUAUGGGUCGACAGCCAGGCCAAGGGUGAAACACUUUAUUGGGACCCCGCAUGGAUCGCUCGUUCCAACGUUGAAUGA